AUGUUGGACCCGGCAAGGAGAGUGAGCGCAGGCACAGGUACUUCUUUAGGUAUUACAUUUACAAGGCCUAAAAUCUGUACAAAAAUCUCGCCAAAAUGGGGUCGUGAAAGUGGUUUCAAUCUUGGUGUAAAAGAUAUGGAACAGUUUUGUGCAAAUCCCGGAUUUGUGACAAUAGCUUUCGUCUCAUGA